AUGGAGAAAAUGUGUCUGGCAAUGGUGUGGCUCACUAAAAAAUUAAGACACUAUUUUAUGAAUUACCAAAUUGAUGUGGUGUCAAAAAUUGAUCCCAUGCGAUAUUUAUACAGAACUCCAUCCCUGAUAGGAAAGCUUGGGAGGUGGUUACUUCUACUGUCGGAAUUUGAUAUACAAUACAUACCCAAGAAGGUAAUUAAGGGGAGAGCUGUGGCUUACUUCCUAGCACAAAAUCCAGUAGAUGAUAGUGAAGUAAUUGACUUUUCCUUCCCAAAUGAAGACAUUAGACUAAUAGAUAUUGGAAAGUGGAAAAUGUACUUCGAUGGUGCUGCAAAUAAAAGUGGAGCUGGUAUUGGCGUCAUUUUGGUUUCCCCAGAAGGUGAAUGGAUGCCAUUAUCCAAAAGGCUAGAUUUUUGGGCCACCAACAACAUGUCUGAAUACGAAUCUUGUAUUUUUGGAUUGGAAUCAUUGAUAUCAAUAGGAAUCAAACAUGCAGAAAUUUUUGGAGAUUCCAGUCUAGUAAUAAAACAAGUGAGAAAGGAGUGGGAAAUAAAAGAAGAAAAAUUAAAACCCUAUCUCCAAUAUACUGAAGUUCUCAAGACACAUUUUGAUGUAGCUGAAUUCAAAUAUAUCCCUAGGGAAGAAAACCAGAUAGCUGAUGCUUUAGCUGGAUUAACUUCAGUAUGGGACGAUCUUGGAAGAUUGUUUGUCAAGCCACUAGUAAUGGUAAGGAGUAAGGUUCCAUGCUUUCAAGGUGCACGAAUAUUAGACAUCACGCAAGAUGAAAAGCCUUGGUUUCAUGAUAUUUUGAGGUUCAUGCAAGAUAAACAUUAUCCAGUAGAUGCUACCACAAAGAAUAGAAAUUUGAUUCAGAAAUUGGCUCAACAAUUUUUCUUAUUACAUGGAAAACUAUAUAAACGUCAUCAUGACUUACACCUGUUGUGCAUAGAUGAAGAAAAAGCCAAACAACUUAUGGAGGAAGCUCAUUCGGGUGUUUGUGGACCUCAUAUGAACGGUAAGGAAUUAUCUCGUAAAAUCAUGUGA